AUGUGGAUUAUCGACUUCUUCUCGAAGGUCAGCUUCUUCAUCGCAUACGUUCUCACUUUCUUCUUGGUGCUGGAAGUCGUCAGGUUGGUUUGCACGGACGCAAACAAACGGGAGGCGGAGAAGUUGCUAGAUGCCUAUGCACGAGGGAGAGAGCAGGAAAAGAACUACGAGGAAAGCUGCAGGCUGUCAGUAGAAGAGAUGGAGCACGAGCUGGAGACGUACUCUGUUGUACCUGAGCAGAUACAUCCACCACAGACGCCGCAGCGUCGCGUACAGAAAGCAAAAUUGCACCGCACGCCAACUUCUGAGAGGACGCUUGUCAGCGAAGAGAAAGAGAAGAAACGAUCGCAAACCCCAACACGUCGUCUGCGCAAACGAAGCGACACAUUGAACUCGACGAGUACAUCUGACUCUCAUCACUCGUCCCGAUCCAAGAGCUCAACAGAUUCUUCAGAGUCAAGACGCUCGUCAAGGUCUCAUCGCGACAGCUCGCCCGAGUCGAGCACGUCGAAGUCGUCCAGUCGGCAUGCUAGCCCAGGGUUCAGGAGGGUCAAAGACGCUCAAGGCGCUUCGUUGUCGCUCCACCGGCUGCUGAAACAGAAGGUGUGA